GAAACCCGGUUCCCAGACCAAUUCAGCUCGACGGUCUCCUCGUCCGUUUUGCGGCAUUACGGAGCGUGGCUCACGACAACAAAGGGGCACCGGAAAAGGCGGAGCGGCCCCUUUAAACGCCGUUUUGGAAUAAUUGAUGACGUCGCGCUGUAAACACGACCGACGCUCAGCUGCGUGAAUGAAGCAUCCUCAGAGCCUCCAGGAGCCCGACACCGUGCGGGCUGCUUUGUUUAUUCCACGACUGCCCCUGCUUCUGCUGCUGCUGCUGCUGCAGCGAGGGGAGAAAAUAACGGAGGCUCACCUCGACUCUCAUAUGCAGUCUCCAAAACCAACGCGGCGGUGGUGCAUUUGUUCUACUAACUGCCAUGGCCAGGAAAACGGACACCCCAUCUUCUUAUCAUGGUGAACCAAUCAAGUUUGACCCAAACUUCAGAGGACCUGUGCAGAACAGGAGCUGCACUGAUGUGGUUUGCUGCAUUAUCUUUGUCAUUGUUAUCCUUGGGUACAUUGCCCUGGGUACUGUAGCCUGGAUCCACGGAGACCCCAGGAAAAUCGUCUAUCCAACUGACAGCCAGGGCCAGUUUUGUGGUCAGCAGAACACUUCGAAUGCAAACAAAGCCAUAUUAUUCUAUUUCAACAUGCUGAAAUGUGCCAGUCCUGCAGUUUUAAUUAACCUCCAGUGCCCUACAACUCAGCUCUGUGUCUCCAAGUGCCCUGACAGAUUUGCCACCCUGCUGGAAGUUUCAAGUAACAACAACUGGGAUUAUUACAAGCAGUUCUGCAAGCCUGGCUUUGUCAUUGGCAGUAAGUCAGUUGCAGAGGUCAUUCGAGAUGAAGAUUGCCCUCCAAUGAUUGUGCCAAGCAGACCACUCCUACAGCGGUGCUUUCCCGAGUUCAAAUCAAAGGACGGAGUAUUAACUGUUGCCGAUCAGACCACCUUCAAAGACGGUGACAACAACAACAGGAACGUCACUGUUCUCAAAGAUGCUGCCAUAAGAAUAGCCAGUCUACUGAAUGCCAAAGAAGUUGGCAUAAAGAUCUUCGAGGAUUAUGCAAACUCCUGGAUAUGGAUCUUAAUAGGCCUGGGAAUAACCAUGGUGCUCAGUCUGACCUUCAUCCUGCUGCUGCGCUACAUUGCUUGUGUGAUACUGUGGGUCAUGAUUUGCGGUCUCAUCUCUGCAGCCGGCUAUGGUAUCUGGCUCUGUUUCAAAGAGUACAGUGUUCUGAAAACAAGGCCAGAUGCGAAUGUCACCAUCUCUGAUAUCGGCUUUCGGAAAGAUCUCACCGUUUACCUUGAGCACAGCCAGACAUGGCUCAUCUUCAUGAUCUUGCUUAUUGUGAUUGAGGUCAUCAUCGUGAUUAUGCUGAUUUUUCUGAGGUCGAGCCUAGCCGUCGCUUUUGCACUACUGAAGGAGGGAAGCAGGGCCAUCUUUUACAUCAUGUGUACGCUCUUCUAUCCGAUCAUCACCUUUUUUCUCCUGGCCAUCUGUAUAGCCUACUCUGCUGUCACAGCAGUCUUUUUGGCCUCUUCAGGUAAGGCGGUCUACAAGGUGGCACCGGCUGACGAUCAGUGCAUGUAUGCAAACCUCACAUGCAGUCCAAAGACCUUCAAUCAGACCAAUAUUACCAAAGCUUGCCCCGGAGCUCAGUGCAUGUUUGCUUUCUAUGGUGGAGAGAGCGUGUACCACCACUACAUUCUGGUUCUCCAUCUUUGUAACCUCUUCAUAUUCCUCUGGCUGGUCAACUUUGUCCUGGCCUUGGGGAAGUGCACCCUGGCAGGGGCGUUCGCCUCCUACUACUGGGCCAAGAGGAAGCCGAAAGACAUCCCUUCCUGCCCUGUUUACUCUUCAUUCAUCAGAGCUAUCCGUUACCACACCGGUUCCCUAGCUUUCGGUUCUCUAAUCCUUGCUAUGGUGCAGAUGGUCCGAAUUGUUCUUGAGAACCUUAAUCACAAAUUGAAAGGGUCCCAAAAUGCUUUGUCUCGGUUCCUGCUUCGCUGCCUCAGUUGCUGCUUCUGUUGCCUGGAAAAUUUCAUCAAGUUUCUUAACACAAAUGCAUACAUUAUGAUAGCAAUAUAUGGGCAGAACUUCUGCAGAUCUUCCAGGGAGGCUUUUGAUCUCUUGAUGAGGAAUAUUGUUCGGGUGGUUGUCCUGGACAACGUCAUCUCCUUUCUGCUGUUCUUGGGAAAGCUGGUCAUUUCAGGAGGAGUUGGGGUCCUUGCAUUUCUCUUUUUCUCAAAAAGAAUACCACUUUUUCAAGAAGUGGUACCUCCGCUAAACUUCAGUUGUGUCCCCCUUCUGACGGUGAUAUUUGGGUCGUUCAUGAUCACAAGUGGCUUUUUUAAUGUCUACGCCAUGUGUGUGGACACGCUGUUCCUGUGCUUUUGUGAAGACCUGGAGAGGAACGAUGGCUCUUCUUCCAGGCCCUACUACAUAUCUCCAGGCCUGCACAAGAUCCUCCGCAAAGGAGAGGAGCGUGCCAAAUCGAGUGCUUCCUCCUGAGCGACGUGCAAACUGUUUUCCUGAACUUUUGAUCCUGGCUCACUUCUCCAUAUCUGCUCUGUGUGUGGAGGGUCUGCAAGUUCUCGAGGGCUAAACAUCUAAACUGGAUGCAGGGAUGAUUUGAACAUGAAAGGACAUGUUAACAGUUCAGGUCCCAAAGCAUAGUGGACUGGAAAAAAAAAACACUUGGCUUCACUUCCUCUAAUGAGCCAGUUCAGAUACUUGCCUUUUUUUUUUGUCUGCUAUGCUUUUCUUCAUGUUUCUCCAUAUUUCCUGCUGACCUCCGCCUUACUUUGAGGGUACACAUCAACACACAGGAUGGAUGCACAAGCUCAAGCACAUUUUUUUGAAACCCAAGGAAAAAUGGGAACCUUAAAUUGUACAGAUGCCACUGAUGGACUAUGGUGUAAAGCAUCACCCUAAAACGUGUUGGACUUCUGGGGCACUUUUAUUGUAUGGCACUUUGGUCUUUUAGUGUGAAAUCAUUAUCUGUUUGAUUCACCUACAGUAAAGGAAUCAUGUGUUUUAUUUACUGCCUGCAGCAUGGUUAUUUUGCUGUCGUUUACCAUGUUUUAGGUGGUUUUCAUCCUUCAUAAUUCUAACACAAAUCCGCAGAUUAUUUGAACUCUACACCUAGCCAAGCUGUUGCGUAUUUUCAGUUCAUUGCACAGUCGUUUGAUUUGAUUUUAUAACCCCUUGUAUGUACUGUAACACAGACUUUGUGGGAGGUUAAGACUUUAAAAUAAAAUAAUGGUUAUUGCUUAUAAUCUGGACAGAACCACGAGUAUUUCCAGGAAUCCUGAAUGCAGCCGCUAGUUUAUGUGCCUAGUUGUCAAAAUAAGAAAUAGAAAAAGGUUCCUCCUUCUGUGAUUUUAGACCUAACACCAGAAGUUUUAGGGAUAAAGUUUAUAAAAGGAUUUCAAAGCCAUUUUUGGUAUUUUUAUUAUUAUUAUUAUUAUUAUUGAAUGGUUCGGAUGUUGUGCUGUUUUAAUACUCGGUAUAAUACACACGUCUGUCUGGAGGUAAUCUGUGUUCUUUUUGUACAGGACUUUUUUUUUUUUUAAACCUAAAUGAAUCCAAUGACAAUGUAAUCAUUUGUUUUUGAAUAAACAUAAAUUGCUGAAGUAUCA